AUGGAGCCUUUAAACUUAGUUGCUGCAUCUGAUCUAUCUUAUUCCGAAGAAAGCCUGAGGGGACUGUUCAUAGCUGCUCUUGCACCUGAUCUUUUGACUCUUCUUUCUUUAACUAGUGCUUUAGGCGAUAUGUCAUCGCUUUUUGAAAAGGGCAGGGCAACUUCAGUUUUUCGAGAGUCCAUCAAUAUAAAAGAUUCAACGUUGUUCCUCUUUUCCAUUAAUGCGUCAUCAACAGAUGAUGGAUUCAACUUUUAUGAUUCUGGUCAUCGCUUUGAGCAUUUACAGUUUUUGUUGGUACUUCUGCGUUCACUUCCAUAUGCAUCCAAGGCAUUGCAAAGCCAAGCAUUACAGGAUCUUCUGAUUUUGGCUUGCAGUCAUCCAGAAAAUAGAAGCAGUCUCACUAGAAUGCAGGAAUGGCCUGAGUGGAUUUUGGAGAUUCUUAUUUCUAAUUAUGAGACUGGUGCAAGCGAUAAUUCAAAUUCUUCGAGCUUGAGAGACUUAGAAGACCUCAUACACAAUUUCUUGAUUAUCAUGUUAGAGCAUUCAAUGCGACAAAAGGAUGGGUGGCAGGAUAUUGAAGCAACAAUUCAUUGUGCAGAAUGGCUUUCUAUGGUUGGUGGAUCUAGCACAGGAGACCAACGGAUCAGACGUGAGGAAUCGUUGCCAAUUUUCAAAAGAAGGCUGUUGGGUGACUUGCUGGAAUUUGCUGCCAGAGAGUUGCAGGUUCAGCAGACUCAAGUUAUUGCUGCAGCGGCUGCUGGUGUGGCAGCUGAGGGGUUGUCACCAAAGGAUGCUAAGGCAGAAGCAGAAAAUGCUGCUCAGCUUUCUGUGGCUUUAGUAGAGAAUGCAAUUGUGAUUUUGAUGCUUGUUGAAGAUCAUUUACGGCUACAAAGUAAACUUUAUAGUGCUUCACGUUUUUCGGCUGGUUCUGUUUCUCCCCUUUCAAAUGUGUUGCCUAUGAGUAACCUGUCAAAUUCGACUGUGGUUGAUGGAGAAUCUGUAGCUGUGGUUGAUCGCAAAUCAUCAUCUGCUGACUCUGCAGGACUCUCUCUUGAUGUUCUUGCUUCAAUGGCUGAUGCCAAUGGGCAAAUCUCUGCAACAGUGAUGGAACGGCUUACUGCUGCAGCUGCAACGGAACCUUACGAAUCUGUUUCGUGUGCUUUUGUGUCAUAUGGGAGCUGUACUGCAGAUUCAGCAGACGGUUGGAAAUACAGGAGUCGGUUGUGGUAUGGACUUGGCCUUCCUUCAAAAUCAGCAGCCUUUGGUGGUGGUGGCAGUGGAUGGGGAUCUUGGAAAUCUGCUUUGGAGAAAGAUGAUAAUGGAAAUUGGGUAGAACUUCCAUUGGUAAAAAAGUCAGUUGCCAUGCUUCAAGCUUUGUUGCUGGAUGAGUCCGGACUUGGUGGUGGCCUAGGUAUUGGAGGAGGAUCUGGUACUGGGAUGGGAGGAAUGACGUCACUUUACCAGUUGUUAGACAGUGACCAACCAUUCUUAUGCAUGCUCCGAAUGGUGCUUGUUUCAAUGAGGGAAGAAGAUGAUGGUGAAAAUCACAUGCUUAUACUGAAUUUAAAUGCGGAGGAGGGGUCAGAGGGGGUACACCAAGCUGGCAACAUUGCAGCCUUUGAUAACAUUGCUCGAAUGUCAGCACGGAAACCACGAUCUGCAUUGCUCUGGAGCGUGCUCUCACCUGUUCUGAACAUGCCAAUCUCUGAGUCUAAGAGACAGAGAGUCUUGGUUGCGUCUUGCGUGCUAUAUUCUGAGGUGUGGCUUGCAGUUGGCAAGGACAGAACCCCGCUGCGUAAGCAGUAUCUGGAGGCCAUUUUGCCUCCCUUUGUUGCUGUAUUAAGGAGGUGGCGGCCCCUUUUGGCUGGCAUUCAUGAACUCGCUACUGCAGAUGGUUUGAAUCCUCUUGUGGUUGAUGACCGUGCAUUGGCUGCAGAUGCUUUGCCUAUAGAGGCUGCCCUGGCUAUGAUCUCUCCAGCCUGGGCUGCUGCUUUUGCAUCACCUCCUGCUGCAAUGGCUUUGGCAAUGAUUGCUGCUGGUGCUGCUGGAGGGGAAACCACUGCACGUGCAACAACUACACAGCUCAGGCGUGAUUCUUCAUUGCUUGAGCGAAAAACAACUAGACUUCAUACGUUUUCUAGUUUUCAGAAACCUUUGGAUGCUCCUAGCAAAUUACCAGGUGUUCCAAAGGACAAGGCAGCUGCCAAAGCAGCUGCAUUGGCUGCUGCACGUGACCUGGAACGAAAUGCAAAGAUUGGUUCAGGCAGAGGUCUCAGUGCUGUAGCAAUGGCAACAUCAGCGCAGCGCCGAACUAAAAGUGAUAUGGAACGUGUAAACAGAUGGAACAUUUCUGAAGCCAUGGGAAUUGCCUGGAUGGAGUGCUUGCAAUCAGUUGAUACAAAAUCAGUCUAUGGGAAAGAUUUUAACGCCUUAUCCUAUAAAUAUAUUGCUGUUCUUGUUGGAAGUUUAGCUUUAGCUAGAAACAUGCAACGAUCAGAGGUUGACAGACGCACACAAGUUGAUGUAAUAGCUCGACAUCGUCUAUACACUGGGAUUCGUGCAUGGCGGAAGCUCAUCCAUUCCUUGAUAGAGAUAAAAUGUCUUUUUGGGCCGUUUGCUGACCAGUUAUGCAAUCCUGAACGUGUUUUCUGGAAGCUGGAUUUCAUGGAAAGUUCUUCAAGGAUGAGGAGAUUUUUGAGGAGGAAUUACCGAGGGUCAGAUCACUUGGGUGCUGCCGCAAAUUAUGAAGACAUUGUGGAUUCAAAACAUAAUAAAGAGAAUGCCAUAAGUCCAUCUAAAGCCUCUAUUUUGGCUGCAGAAGCUAUCUCUCUUGAGGUUGUGAAUGAGGAUGAUGAGCAGGAGGAUGUUGUUGAUUUAGAGAACAGAGACGACGACAUAGAUAGAGAGGGAGAGAUUCAGACUAGGCAGUCCAGAAAAGCUGAGCAGGCCCUGCAGGCAGAUGCGAAAUCUACAGAUCUUCCAGUCAGUAAUGACCAAGAGUUGGUGCAAAAUCCAUCAUUAGUUGCCCCUGGUUAUGUCCCUAGUGAACAUGAUGAAAGAAUUGUUCUUGAGCUUCCAUCAAUGAUGGUCCGGCCAUUAAGGGUUCUACAAGGAACGUUUCAAAUAACCACAAGGAGAAUCAACUUCAUUGUUGAUAGCACUGGGAGUAACAUAUCAGAGAAUGGUUUGGGCUGCAGUACUGAUAGUAGAGUUCAAGAAAAGGAUCAGAGCUGGUUGAUGUUGUCUAUUCAUCAGAUGUAUAGCAGAAGAUAUCUGCUUAGAAGAAGUGCACUGGAAUUGUUUAUGGUUGACCGGUCAAAUUUCUUCUUUGAUUUUGGGAGUACUGCAGGUAGAAGAAAUGCAUACCGCGCUAUUGUUCAAGCACGUCCUCCUCAUUUGAACAAUAUUUACCUGGCAACUCAGAGACCUGAACAACUUCUGAAGAGAACUCAACUCAUGGAACGUUGGGCUAGGUGGGAGAUCAGCAAUUUUGAGUAUCUAAUGCAGCUUAAUACACUGGCUGGGCGUAGUUAUAAUGACAUCACUCAGUAUCCUGUUUUCCCAUGGAUUCUUUCUGAUUACAAUUCAAAGACCUUGGAUCUUGCGAAUCCUUCUUCCUAUCGUGAUCUUUCGAAGCCCAUUGGUGCACUGAAUGCAGAUCGGCUAAAGAAAUUCCAAGAGAGAUACUCGAGCUUUGAUGAUCCAGUCAUCCCCAAAUUCCACUAUGGUUCACAUUAUUCAACAGCUGGAACAGUGUUGUAUUAUCUCGUUAGAGUGGAGCCGUUUACUACUCUUUCAAUUCAGCUCCAAGGUGGCAAAUUUGAUCAUGCAGACAGAAUGUUUUCAGAUAUUGCUGCAACCUGGGAUGGAGUUCUUGAGGACAUGAGUGAUGUAAAGGAAUUGGUUCCUGAACUAUUUUAUCUUCCUGAGGUGUUGAGCAAUGAAAACUCAAUUGACUUUGGCACAACGCAACUAGGAGAAAAGCUUGAUUUAGUCCAGCUUCCUCCUUGGGCUGAAAACCCAGUUGAUUUUAUCCAUAAGCAUCGGAUGGCCCUUGAAAGUGAGCAUGUUUCAGAACAUUUGCAUGAAUGGAUUGAUCUCAUAUUCGGGUAUAAGCAACGAGGAAGGGAAGCUAUAUCAGCAAAUAAUGUCUUCUUUUACAUCACUUAUGAAGGAACUGUGGACAUUGACAAAAUUUUGGAUCCCGUACAACAACGUGCUACACAAGAUCAGAUUGCUUACUUUGGACAAACCCCAUCUCAACUUCUAACCAUCCCUCACAUGAAAAAGAUGCCCCUAGCAGAUGUUCUUCACUUGCAGGUGAAGAGGACAAGGUCCAUCGGGUCGGGUUGCGGGUCAGUCAAAUUGAACCGGGGUUCAAACAGUCCAAACCCAAUCAGAUCCCAAUUUCAAACCCAGUUAUUUUUUAACCCAAUCAGAUCGGGUCCAAUCAGAUCAGGCCCAGUCCACUGUGCAUCCCAGUCCAAGUUGGCCUUAGACCGAUUCAAACCGGUUCAGUCAAUGGUGACUCCGGUUCAGCGGUCCAGUAACCUCCUGUGGCCCAGUUCAGUUAGGUUUGGCACCGGUUUAGACCGGUUCAGUCAUCUUCCACUUCAGUUCAUCGGUCCAGUGCACCUAGUCUGCCCGGUUCAGCCUGCCAGCAGGCUUUUGGGGUCUGGUUCAGCCUUCUAG